AUGGUCAAGGUACAAACCACCAAUGUUGAUCAACACGGAAGCAAACCAGCUAGCGCACCACCACUUGCCGAGCAUAAUAACUAUCAAACGGAUUCAAUGUAUCCGACCAUUCCAGAGUAUUUAAUCUCAUCAUCAUCAUCAAUUCAACCACAAUAUAUUCAACAGCCUAUUAUUAAUUUAACGAAUGGCCCACGCCAACAAUCCAAUAUUACACCAAUUUAUAUCAUGCCACAACAUACGAAUGUCAUGUAUCCUGUAUCAGCUCAUGGAAAUGUAAUGUAUGUUACUCCUCAACAACAACAAAUGUACUAUUAUCAGAAUCAAACAACUGCUCAACAACAAAUUCCUCAACAACCACAACAACAAAAUGCACAAACAACAGUUGAAGAAGAAAAGCCAUAUUUUGUCCAUCAAUUGAAUAGACACACUGAUACAUUGAUGAAGUUAGCAUUACGUUAUCACUGUCACGAAGAGGAUAUCAAAAUGCUGAAUACUUUAUUGUGUGAUGAUUUGGAUUUAUAUGAAGGAACAACUCUUCUCAUUCCAAAAUGUGAUCCAAGUUUAAUUAAAAAGAAUUAUGAUUUGGAAGAAACAAGAAUUCAAACUGAAAGACAACGUCAGUUGAUGGUUACAACCUUCUCCAAAAAUCAUAAUAUUACAAUCGAUGAAGCUAAAGUUUAUUUGGAAAUGAAUGAUUGGAAUUCAAGGAAGGCACAAGAAGAAUUGCUUCAAGAUCAAGCUUGGGAAAAACAAACUACAGGAACUGUCAAAAAGCCAUCCGAUUUUAAUCAACCUAAAACAAAGACAUAUUCUGCCCCACAAACAAGACAGGGAAAUAUUUCUCAUAGAUCAGUAGGAAAGGAUGCUAAAUUCCCACAAUAUGGAUAUGAAAUGAUGACUUAUGAACGAUAAAUUAUUCAGAAUUUUUAAG